AUGGCGAAACCAAACUCAUUGAAUAAUUUGAUCUGUUUCCUUUUCUUUUGUGUCCUUCAUCUAGCUAAAGCUUCCAAACCAUCUACGAUACAAACGGUCACAGUCAACCCAUGCACCCUCACUCCAACCGUUCCUACAUAUGCCUCUCCUUCAACACCUUGCCCAACUAUCACCAUCUCCACUUCUCAUACCUCCUGUCCACCAACGACUCCAACAUCCUGCUCCCAGAAUUUCUGCAUCUCAGAUGCCUUUAUAACAGUUCCCUGCACCUGUCCCUACUCCGUACCAACAACCACGCUCUACACCCCGUGUCCCUCGGCCUGUUCGCAAACUUGUCACAUCGGACAUCAAAUCUACCAUGAAACAUCCUGUUCCAGCACAACCCCCACCCCCAUAAUCGACCCCCCGCCAACAUCUCUCACCAUUCCAACGGGUGGCUCAACCAUCUGUUCCUGUCCUUACUAUCCUCCCUACCCAACUUAUUGCAAUCCGCCCUGUCCAGUCCACACCCCCAGCUCUACCCCAAGCAUCACCACUCAAACCCUCCCCACUACAACCCCCAACCUCGUCACCUGCUCCUGUCCCUACUAUCCCCCCUACCCUACAAACUGCAUCUUCCCCUGUCCAAUCCACACCCCCACCACCGUCAUCACCGUCCCGACACUCACAACCAUCACCCCAAGUAUCACCCCAAGUAUCACCUCAACUAUCACCCCAACCCCUAGCUGCGAAAGUAUCACGGUUACGAAAGGAGAUUCGUGUGCGUCGGUUGUUGGGGGCCCGUGUUCGAGUCCUGAUUGUAUAUAUCUCUCUACCGUCACGAUAAACUGUGGAUGUGGUGGUUCGAUUGGGACGGUGACUAGUUGCAAAACAACGUGUGAUAACGGGGCGUGUGGGACUGAGUGGCGGACGCUUGCAUUGCCUUGUCCGACGACUCCGAUGGUGUUUUGA